AUGGCAAGAAGCAUGAAGGUAGCAUGUGUUGUUUUGGCUAUGUGCAUGUUAGUUGCACCUAUGGCAGAAGCUGCAUUCCAAUGUGGAGCUGUAACUGCUGAUCUUGCUCCGUGCCUUGCUUAUCUUACAGGUGGUCCUGGUCCUUCACCACCAUGCUGUGCAGGAGUGAAGAAGCUUCUUGCUGCCGCCCCCACCGUUCCCGAUCGUCGUGCUGCCUGUAACUGCUUGAAAUCAACCGCUGGUGCUAUUUCUAAUUUGAAUGCUAACAAUGCUGCUGCUCUCCCUGGCAAAUGUGGUGUCAACAUUCCUUAUAAGAUCAGUACCUCCACCAACUGUAACACCAUUAACUUUUGA